CCAACCUUUAACUUUCCAAUUCCAAUUCUUGUCAAUACGAUAAGUACAGUUUUGUACACGUGAAUUUUAUUUUAUAAAUAUAUUAAUCGACAGUUAAUAUAAGAUCAAAAUGCCGCUCUCUUGUCGGUUCUAUAAAGAAAAGUACCCAGAAGUGGAAGACGUAGUAAUGGUAAAUGUAAGAGCCAUUGCCGAAAUGGGGGCAUAUGUCCACUUGUUAGAAUAUAAUAAUAUUGAAGGUAUGAUCUUGCUAUCCGAAUUGUCGAGGAGACGUAUUAGGUCUAUUAACAAACUUAUUCGAGUGGGAAAAACUGAACCUGUCGUAGUUAUUAGAGUCGACAAGGAGAAAGGUUAUAUAGAUCUGUCUAAGAGACGAGUAAGUGCGGAAGAUGUAGAAAAAUGUACAGAAAGGUUCGCAAAAGCUAAAGCCGUAAAUUCAAUUCUGAGACAUGUAGCUGAGUUAUUAAGAUACGAAUCGGAUGAACAAUUAGAAGAAUUGUACCAGAAGACUGCCUGGUAUUUUGAGGAGAAGUACAAGAAAAAUAAGGCUAGUGCUUAUGAUUUCUUUAAGCAAGCUGUUUUAGAUCCAAGUAUAUUAGCCGAAUGUGACUUGGAUGAAAAAACGAAAGAGGUACUACUGGGCAAUAUUAAGCGAAAACUCACGUCUCAGGCUGUAAAAAUCAGAGCAGAUAUUGAGUGUGCUUGUUACGGUUAUGAGGGAAUUGAUGCAGUAAAAACUGCCCUGAAGGCUGGCCUCUCCUUGUCUACAGAGGAAUUACCAAUUAAAAUAAACUUGAUCGCUCCCCCUCUUUACGUUAUGACAACAUCUACACCAGAAAAGCAAGAUGGGUUAAAGAUUCUAAACGAUGCCAUUGAGAAAAUUAAGAUUACUAUCAACGGCUUAGGUGGUGUUUUUAAUGUUCAAAUGGCGCCUAAAGUUGUAACGGCUACGGAUGAGGCCGAAUUAGUCAAACAAAUGGAAAGAGCGGAACUUGAAAAUGCCGAAGUUGCUGGUGACGAUGAUGAGGAAGAACAAGACGAGGGGCAGGUUUACAGUGAAGGAGAAGACAAAGGCGAAUCAGAAAACGAAGAUUAAGUUUCAUUGGGAGUGUUUUGCGAAGCAGAAUAUUAAGUUUUAAUACUGCAAAUUUUGUGUAAUUGAAAUAUUUACCAUAAUGAUUUUUAUAUUUAAUGAAUAUAUGUGGUUAAGUCUAACAAUCCA